AUGACUUCAACUUCCAAACAUAAACACGUACGAUUUGAUUGCUCAUGUUCAUCUUCUGCUAUUACUACUACUAUCACUACUAUUACUAAUACUGUUAUCACUGAUAGUAUUGCAACUGCUACUAUUACUUCGCUAUCAGCACAGCCAGUAUCAUCAUUAUUCUUUCAGAAUUAUCCCCGUUCCAGUAUUCAGAAUAAUUUACAAAAUGCGUCUCAGGAAUAUCUUUCUUCCUUGUGUUCUUCCUCAUCCAAUCCUACAAUAAAGGAAACGUCAUUACCGUCUAUCUUUCCUCUCUCAUUAUCAUUCCUUUCUCGAAAGUAUUAUCAACAAACUUAUUCACGACGAAAUUCCCUCUUGCCUAACUCCGCCCUACCUCAACAACACCAAACAAAGUCGAUUAUUAGAAAUAGCCACACCUUCACUAAAACUGCCGAUCAUCCUUCUGAGAAUACUUCUUCAUCCAUUCUUCAUUUAAACACUCAAUCUCUGAGUUCAAUAUCUCCAUUACUACAAGUUACAACAAUUCCCUCAUAUCAUACCAAUAACAUGAAAAAUCCAUCAACUUUGGAUACGAUCAAAGUUUCCAGAUCCAAAUCACAAUCAUAUCAGGUUGAUUUUUAA